UUUCCUCCCGUUCUUUAUCACAGCCCCCAAAAUAAGCUAGGAUGGGCCGUGGCCACUCACAGUCUUUAUUUUCUGCACACCUUGGCCACUGACUCAUUAAGGCCUGGUCCGAACAGAGCAGAGUGUGUUGUGCCUGCCUCCCUGCCUCCUUGCCUGCUGCCUUUGGAAAGAAAUGUCUGCGGGACUGAGAAAAAUAAUGACCAUGAAACUAUUCGGGCCAGCCCUCAUCUCUCUGGCUUUGUUCAGUUCCUGCUGCGCCGAUGAGCAUCUUCCAACAUCGAGGCCCAACAACAGUUCAACAACAACUGAACCACCCAAACAUUUAACCCUUUCAGAGACUGUAGAUACCAGAACAAAUGCAACAACUCCUUCAUCAAAUUUAACAUCUCUGUCAACGAGCAAUAGCACAACUGGUGAAAAGAUAACUACAUCACCAGUGCAGUGUUCUGUGACUUCAACACCAAACUCUACUCUAACAGCCGCUCCUGGCAAAAAAAAUGAGACAACAGCUACACCGGGCUUCCUGAACAGUACAACAAACCCCCUUCAAGAAGAAUCAAGCAAAAGUGAACCUAUAAGCACUAAUACAGCAGAAGGGAAGGAUGAUUCCUCUUACCGUGGUAUUAUCUUGCCCGUCAUCAUUGCCUUGAUAGUAAUAUCCCUCGUUGUUUUCCUUCUGAUGGCGAUGUACAAAAUAUGCUUAAAAACAACUCCAGAGAGGCAAGACAAUGGAACUGAGCAAGCCCCAUUAGAUAAAGAGAAUGUGAAACUCAUUUCUGUUAAGACAACUUCUCCAGAGGCUGGUAUGUCCAAUUUCUUGACCCUUUCCUCAUAUGACUUGCCUUUAGACAUGUCAUUACCUUUGGAGGCCUUCAAACCAAUGAGAGCAGUCUUCUCAAGGGAAGACUAAAAGUCAGCAGCACAACAAUUCCUCUUCACACCUGGGCAACAAACGUGUGUGAGGAAUUCCUGUUCUGCCAUUUCCUCCUGGGGGAAAAACAAAACCCACUGACCAAGGCAGGACAUUCUGGAAUGAGAACCAGUGGCAUUUAUACAUUUACAGACCAAAUGUAUACACUAAUUUCUCCAUAUUGUUUUUAUCUAAGCAACCACUUUUCCCCCUUUCUAUUGCUGCUUUUUCCUCUUGAGAAAUCUCCUGUACUUUUCCUUCAGUGUCUACACAAAAAUUCUGUAUAGUACAUAUUUAUUGUUUUCCAUUCUUGUACAGGCAGUGAACUAUUCAUAUCCCACAAAACAAAUGUAAACAAAGCAGUUGAUAUUUCACGAAUGCUAUUGGUUUUGUACAUAAGAAAAUUUUCUGCUUGUAAAGGAGGAAAGAUGGUGACAGGUUUUUAUGUAAAAUACAAACGCAAGAAUAGGCAAUACCUUUAUAGACCACUAAAAAUCAUCAUACAAUAUGGAUGAACUCUGGCAUCAGGCUUGGACAGUGUGAAGAACUUAAAAGUCCAAAAGUUCAUGACAGGAUAGAUUUUGCCAGGUACAUCUUUCUUAGAUGUAAGUCAGGAGAUGUGCAGGAAGCAGUAUGGUUGCUGUUUUAAAGUUAUAGCUGAGGCAAUAAUUUUAUGUGCUUCCAAUAAAACAGUUUCAUAUCACAGGCUUCAAAAAAAGGGGG